AUGCCCGCCUGCCAGUCGAGUUUCUGUGCUUCGAAUUUCUGUGCUGGGAUCGGUCAAUCAGAUUGUAGUCGAUCCGGACUGAUCAUGGCACAAUCGAAUGUGCGCCCAAUGCAAGAAUUGCAAGACGCCUCUCGCAAAAUCGGCGCUGUGAUCGUUUGUGCAGCCAGUGCCAAUUUACGCGACAUGUGGGCCCCACUUGCGCCCACCGUCAACAUUGUCGUUGAGUAUUGCAUCGCAUCCAGCCUCAAUGGAACCCAUCAGCAUCCCCCAGCGUCCCCCCACCAUUUUCGACUGGUGGCUACCACUUUUAUGAUAAAACUAAGGCAAUUGCCUGUAGAGCUGUGUGUAUAA